AUGAAAAGCUCAAAUUUCUCAUCUUUACUUAUCGUCUUGUUAACUGGUUUUGGCCUGUCUGGCUGCGAACAGCCUGAGACGGUUGCACCUGUCGAUGAAUACAGUCUGGCUAUCACCAACGUGACGGCCCUCGACGCCGUCAACGGAGUGCAAAGUGGGGUCACGGUGUUGCUCCAGGGUGAUGAGAUCGUCAGCGUUGCACCAUCAGAUCAAGCGCCAUUGAACGCAGCUCAAGUCAUAGAUGGCAGCGGCCAGUUUCUGAUUCCAGGUUUGUGGGAUAUGCACGUCCAUGUGACCUACGAGCCUCAAUUGAUUGAGCAGAUGCCUUCGCUGUUUCUGGACUAUGGCAUCACCAGUGUGCGUGAUACCGGCGGCAUGUUGCCCGCUCUGUUACCUGAAGUUGAGCGUUACCGUGGCGGUGAGAUUCAGGCGCCGCGGAUCUAUUUCAGUGGCCCGCUGCUGGAUGGCAGCAAGGUGGUUUACGAUGGCGACGACCGGCCUGAGAUUGGCAUUUCCAACGCAACGCCCGAGGAAGCGCGAGCCAAUGUGCAGACUCUUGUGGAUGCAGGCGUGGAUUUUAUAAAGGUCUACGAACUGGUGUCGCCGGAGGUGUUUGCUGCCCUUGUCGAUGCGGCCCGGCAAAACAACCUGCCCAUUGCCUCUCACGUGCCGCUGGCUCUGCUGGCAGAUAAUGCUGGCCCCCAGGUGGGCACCAUGGAACACCUGCGCAACGUUGAGCUGGCUUGUGCUGAAGAUGCCGACAUUAUGGUGGCGCAGCGGCUGCAGACGUUGACGGAACCCGGCGAUGUCAGCGGUUUUGCCUUGCGCAGUGCCAUGCAUUCGCAAUACCGUCCCCAGGCGCUGGCCAGCAUAGAUAUUGACAGUGCCCGUUGCCAGGCGGUGAUCAGCUCGCUGCAGAACACCAUUCAAGUCCCCACGUUGCGGCUUAAUACCAUUUUCAAGUAUUCACCUCUGGGCCGGGAUGAUUGGCGCCAGCACCUGGGUAAGCUACCCGCGCCCGUUUCGGCAGAAUGGCUGCAGACCGCUGAGCGCUUUUUUGGUCAGGGCUCGGCUGAUGCUUUGAAAAUGUCUGAUUGGAGUCUUGCGCUGGUGGGUGAGAUGUUUCGCUCCGGCGUGCCGAUAGGUGCGGGUACCGAUACACCCAUCGGGCAGGCGAUACCCGGAUAUUCUCUGCACACAGAGCUGGAGCGUCUGGUGCAGGCGGGUUUGUCGCCGAUGCAGGCGCUUCACUCUGCAACGAUCAGGCCGGCGGAGUUCCUGAAUCUGCAGGAUUCCAACGGGCAGAUCCGCGCGGGUAUGGUUGGCGACCUGGUGUUGCUCGCUGCAGACCCCAGCCUCGACAUUGCCAACACACGCAAGAUAAACGCCGUGAUAUCCCGUGGCGAGGUCGUUCGUUAA